AUAUAUCUUUCUCUCUUUGUUAUUGAAGCAGAGGUUAGAGACGGUAAACAGACGAAGUAGGGCUUUGUGUUUAUUCAAAUUCAGUUCGACAAACGGAAAACAAGCGUAUUCGUUGCGUGAGAGACAUUACGAGUAACAUUGCGUGCGCGUGCUACCACCGGAAUACCCGUUCAUCAGCUAAGUGCACCCAGUGUCUCCUCUCUGGGAUAACUGGUGCACGAUUUGUUUUAGCAAAUGAAGAGGAAAUGGGCUCCGUCAAAUUCGCUUAAUUUCAGUCGUUUAUCCUUUGGCCGUUUCGUAAAAGCAACGACAACAACGACGACAACGACAACAACAACGAUGAGGACAACGAUGAGGUACAUAAAGAGAACCUUUACGAUUCCGUCGAGACGACGACGAAGGUACGGACAUAUCGUCAGGUGUAAAUACUCUUUCAUACGUGUCUAUGUUCUAGACAAUGUCAUCAUUUGCAUAUUCAUAUACAUCUUGCUUUACAUCGCACUUUGGUAUGCUAACAAAGUGAUUCAGAGAAUUAAAAAAUCCAAUGAAGAUCUAUCGGUCAUCCUUAAAGAGAAUCAAAUGAAACUGGAUGAUCUCAUUACGUUAAAGAAAAAGAAGACCGAGUAUGAAGAAAUUAUAGUGAAGGCGAAAGGUACGCAAAAGGUGACUACUGAACAAUUGGAAAGCGAGUGCGAGCGCACGCAGAGAUGCUGCAUUCUGUCGACUGACGUCGGAAUUCGAGAAAUUGAAAAUGGCGAAGAAGACGAGGCAAUGGGUGAACCAUUUGGGAGAAUCAAAAUUCUCGAACCCUCUUUCCCACCACCCAUGCCACCCGAACCCCCACCUAGAAAGUAUGGGAUCUUUGCUAGUCGACCAUUCAGUGGACCAACUCCUGAAAUCACAAUCGCAGCGCAAAAUAAAAUCGGAUUCAAAUAAUGGCAUUUUAUUCGGUGAAAUU